GGCUCAGGCAGCAGCAGCAGCAGCAUCCACCCUGGGACUCCUCCAUGAGAGCACUUCCCUCCCUCCUCUCACUACUACCCUCUCGCUGUCUCUUUACAAUCCUUUAUCCCUUCACUCUGUCAUCCCUCUGCUCCGCUCCCCUUCCACCUCUCCCUCUCGUCAGUGUGCACUGCCCUCAUCCAGCCACUCCGCACCCUCCUCUCCCCUCUCCUCUUCACAUCAUUUGACUUUGAAUCGCAAGACGUCGAUCGAUCUCUCCUAUGAAACGAUCCAAUUGAUCUGUCGCUCCUGGUUCCUGAGGAAGUAGCAGAGCAGCAUGUCCCGGAGAAAGCAGAGCAAGCCACGACAAAUUAAACGGCCCCUGGAAGAUGCUAUUGAGGAUGAGGAGGAAGAUUGUGUGUCUGAGGAAAAUGAUAUCAUCACAAAGGAAGAUUUUCCACUGGAAGAAAGUUUCCCAGAAGAGUUUGAGCCAGAGAAUAUGACCUGUGAAGAUGUGGAAUAUUUCUGUAGCAAAGCAGAUGAAGAGGGCAGUCAUGAAGCAGCAGAGUUGGAUGGUGAGGCUCUGUCAGACAAAACUUUACAAACCGGGACAGUUGCUGAUGGCUGGGAUGGACCAGGAGAGUUGGAAGCUUUCCAGAAGGACGGAGAACGCAGGAUUCAGAGCCGACAACAACUUCCAGUUGGAACAACAUGGGGGCCCUUUGCUGGCAAGAUGGACCUGAACAAUGAUAACAACAUUUUGAAGACAAAGGCUCCCGUUCCUCUGGUGCUGACCGAUGGUCCCAAAUGGUUGUUGGAUGUGACCUGGCAAGGAGUCGAGGAUAGCAAGAACAACUGCAUCGUCUACAACAAAGGAGGACAACUGUGGUGUACAACGACCAAGUCUAUUGCUGAGGGCGAGGAGUUAAUUGCCUUUGUUGUGGAUUUUGACUCAAGGCUACAAGCUGCCACUCAAAUGACUCUUACAGAGGGAAUGUAUCCAGCUCGCCUGUUGGACUCAAUACAAUUGCUUCCUCAACAAGCAGCUAUGGCGUCUAUCUUGCCUACAGCCAUUGUCAACAAAGACAUCUUCCCUUGCAAAUCCUGUGGCAUUUGGUACAGAAGUGAACGUAACUUGCAAGCUCACCUGAUGUACUACUGCAGCGGUCGUCAGAGGGAAUCAUCUCAGCUCCCUGAGGACAAUGAGGACACUUCCCAGCAGAUGCCCAGUGUCUGCCCAUUCCCACAGUGCACAAAAAGUUUUUCUAAUGCAAGGGCUUUAGAAAUGCACUUAAAUUCUCACACUGGUGUUAAAGUUGAAGAUUUCCUUUCCCCCGGGGCCAGCCUGAAAUGUACAGUUUGUAACUACACUGCAGAAUCCGUGAUUAACUUCCACAAACACCUGUUCUCUCAUCUUACUCAAGCUGCCUUUAGAUGCAAUCAGUGCCAUUUUGGCUUUCAAACUCAGAGGGAACUCCUACAACACCAGGAGCUUCAUGUCCCUGGAAGUAAACUACAACGGGAAGCUGACACUGAACAUUCGCCUGGUGCCAGCGAAGCAAAUGCACAACAGACGCCAGAACUGCUGAAUAAAAAUGAACUAAUGCGGAGCCAAAAGACUGUACAGAAUAAAGAUGCAAGCUCAGACAGUGAACUGGAAAAGAGUGAAAAGAAACCCAAUCUUUUCCUCGCCAACCAGAGACUAGAGGCAACAAACAAAAAUGUUUUUUCAUACACGAAAAUUAAAUCUGAGCCAUCAAGCCCAAGGCUUGCUUCAUCUCCAGUACAACCCACCCUUGGACCUUCUUUCCCAAUGGGACCUUUUCUUUCCCAGUUUGCUUUCCCACAUGAUAUCACAGUGGUUCCUCAAGCCUCAGAAAUCCUCGCAAAGAUGUCUGAACUGGUACAUAGGAGGCUAAGACACGGCAGCAAUAGCUACCCCCCAGUAAUUUACAGCCCCUUGAUGCCAAAGGGGGCUACCUGCUUUGAGUGCAACAUAACAUUUAAUAAUUUGGACAAUUAUUUGGUACAUAAAAAACACUACUGUAAUAGCCGGUGGCAACAUAUAACCAAGACAACAGACUUCCCCGGUGUUACCGAGAAGAUGCCAGAGGCUGUAAGCCCAACCAAUGGCCCAAAUUCUGUAAACCUUCUUAAUCCUCCUCUUCCUUCUACUGAGACCGACAACCAGCUCCUUCCGACAUCCUGCGUUAACUCAGGCAAUGUUUUAGAUUUGUUAGGGUCAAAUAUUAAGCCAAGGGACAAUAAGGACUUUGCAGCCGAUGUUAAAAAAAUAACAAACGCCAAUAGCAAUGACGAAAAAAUGAACGGAAAACCCAAUGAAAUUAAAAAUACCACUCCUCAGCUGGAGUCGGACAACAGUGACCCGACCAAAACCACCUGCGAAGCCUGUAACAUCACAUUUAGUAGACACGAGACCUUUAUGGUCCAUAAACAGUACUACUGUGCAACGCGCCAUGACCCACCACUAAAAAGAUCUGCAACUAACAAAGUGCCUGCCAUGCAGAGAACUAUGCGUACAAGGAAGAGAAGGAAGAUGUAUGAGAUGUGUCUUCCUGAACACGACCAGAGGCAACAGCUAGUGCAACAGCAUUUUCUUCAAGUAGCUAGUCUUGGCAACCCAUGUACAUCUGCUCAAGAGUCAGCAGAGGGGCUCGGGGACUGUUAUCACCCCAGGUGCGAUAUCUUUCCAGGAGUUGUUCCAAAGCAUUUGGAAACAUCACUUUCAAUUAGUAAAUGUAUUCCAGUGGUGAAAUGUGAUCCUUCACACUCAACUAUUUCCUCCCUGGAGAUGGAUGCUCCUAUAGACCUCAGUAAAAAAUGUUUAACACAAUCAGAUAGGGUAUCCACCUCUCCGAAAAGGCUUCUGGACUAUCAUGAAUGCACAGUGUGCAAAAUAGGGUUUAAUAAAGUUGAAAACUACCUUGCUCACAAGCAAAACUUCUGUCCUGUGACAGCAAGCCAACGUAACGACAUAGGCAAUCUGGAGAACAAAGUGUUUCCCAAUGCAGAAAACGAGAGGAGCAGCCCAGAUGCCAACUUUGAAAGGAACACCAUAAAGUGCGAAAAGAACCGAGCUACAAAACAGUGCUCGCCUAACGGGAACUUAUUCUCUUCACACUUAGCGACUCUUCAAGGUCUUAAAGUCUUUAGUGAGGCAGCCCAACUUAUCGCAACGAAAGAAGAAAACAAAAAUGCAUUUUUUCCACAAUGCCUUUACCCAGGAGCAAUAAAAAAAGCAAGAGGAGCAGAUCAGCUUUCUCCGUAUUAUGGCAUCAAGCCAAGUGAUUAUAUUUCUGGGUCUCUUGUAAUACACAAUGCGGAUUUAGAUCAAAGCACAAAUGUAGGAAGCGAGUCUCCCAAAAGCCAGAUACCUUCAAAUGGAUGUUCUUUGCUGAAGAAGGAGUCACUCCCGCUAUUGCCAAAAAACAGAGGUAUGGUAAUAGUCAAUGGUGGACUUAAGCAGGAGGACAGGCCUGCAGUCAAUACCCAGCAAGAAAACAUUUCCCAGAAUCCUCCACAAGAAGACGGAUGCAAAUCCCCCUCCUGGGCUUCUGACAAACCUUUGACAGCCAAUGAAAAUGUAUCUCCGUCAACCCCGGCUGCUGAGGAUCAGGUGUCGAGCCUAACCAAAAGCCUAAAUGGUUCUGGUACAGCUGCACCCGGUGGGAAAUAUUGCCGCCUGUGUGAUAUCCAGUUUAACAAUCUUUCAAACUUUAUUACUCACAAAAAGUUUUACUGCUCAUCACAUGCUGCCGAGCACGUCAAAUGAACGAUCGCGUGCCUCGAUUUUGGUUUAACAUAAGAAGUCUAUUUGUUUCUUGCAAUUAGAGAACAGAUUUAAAAAAAAAAAAAACAUAAAAAAAAAAAACAAUGCUGCUUUACUGAUACCUGGACAAUCAGGAUAACCAUUCAUUAAAAAUGACUUGAAGAUUUGAGAUGUAAUUCCAUGACAGUUAUGCGUAAAAGUGUAUUAUUGGUGCCAUUUUUUUCCUACUAUUUAUUUUACCAGCAGUGUUCAUACAGUUGCGCCCAGCACGCACUCCUGUGCCCCUGCCAUCGACAUGGAGAAUGAGUACUUAACCAGCACGGCAGUCACUGCUGGACCCGACUGUAGCUGUGGUUCUGUUAUUUUUUAUUUAAAGAACUUUAUAUUAAAGUCAUUUGUAAUGUUAUUGUAUAGUUAUUGUGUAGCACAUAUGGUUUGCACCUGUAUAGUAGAUUUUAAAUAAUAUAGACACAGCAUUACAGAAAAAAGGACAUAUUAGGAAUAGCUUCAGAAGCACUUGUGUAUACAGACUUUUUUUUUUUGUUUCUUCUACGCUUUUGCAAAUGAGUAGAUGUCUCUGCUGAAGUAUAAAUGUCAUUCUGUACAAUGGAAAAUAUAUAUAUACAUAUAUUUAUUUAAUAACAUGAUGCACAUACAAUCAAGUAUCUAAAAUAAGGAUAAGGUACAAUACCCAAAGAGACUGCACCUCCCUGAAGAAGGCGAUCACUCUCUGGCUGUUACUUGUGCCAUGUCAAAUGGGUGUUCCGGUUGUGACAGGUUAUCUCCUAUCCACAGGAUGGAGGAUAACCAUUAGUUCAAUGGGGCUUCUACUGUUGGUAACCCCACAAUCACAAAAAAGGGUAACCCAUACCUUUCAUGUUCCCCUCCCCCUGAAAGGAAUUGCCACUACAUUCAUCUCUAUGGGAGUUCCGGAAAUAGCUAAACACUGUACUUGUCUGUCUCCGGAACUCCCAUAGAGAUAAGUGAAGCAGUACGCAUGCACGACUUGCCACUGCGUUCAUUUCAAGGGUUCCCUUUCUCAUGAUUGGUGGGGCUCCCAACAGUAGGAUGCCCACAGGUGUAUUAGUUAUCCCCUAUCCUGUGGUUAGUGGAUAAUUUGUCACCACCAGAUUACCCCGUUAGACUGAGAGAACCUGCUAAAGUGCCCAUACACCUUAGAAUGAUCAAAUGCUUGUUCAUUCGAGAGCUAUUCCUCCGACCACUCCAUACACAUGCACGCUCAGCUUGGCCUGGGAUAUAUUUAUUCUUAGUAGGGAACGAGGUGAAAGCUGCUGACAGACAUCUCUGUCAGCAGCUUAUCUCUGUUGAGAGCAAAGGUCAAGUUGAAAUCCAAGAUGUCACGGAGGGAGAGUUGGCACACCUAUGUACACAAUAGAUGGUUGGCCGUUCCUGACAAAAUUUACAGGUUUGGCCAAAAUUCAUCUAAUGUGUAACUGUAUAGCCAACUUUAGUAGCACAAGAUACCUUUAGAUGAGGUACUGGCAUGGUGCCAGGGGUAGACUGGCCAUAGAUGCUACAGGGAAAUGUCCCGGUCACCUGAGCCCUCUGAUCUGACACUGCCCUCCUGACUCCUGAAUUCAACUGUAUUGCCAUCCUGAGGCAAUUGGAGUAGGAGGACAGAAUGUGGCAGCUGGCGCUGAGGGGCAGUUUUUGGGGAGAUAUUUUCUGCUGCUGGGGUAGUAUUUUUCGUCGUCUGUCAAUUUGGACCCGACUACAAAAUGGGGCCACUUUUAUUUAUUUUUUGUUUUUUUUCCAGGGCUACUUUUAAGUUCCCAGUCUGCCCCUGCAUGGUGCUCUAUCAGACAGUCAAGGGGGUUAAUAAAGUGUCCCCAAACAUUGACUUAUCUAGUGAAGAAGAGAAACAAUCACAUGGUGCUCCUAAUGUACUGUGCACAUUAGGUUAAUACAUGUGUGGCACCUCACCAGACGAUUGGGACUGAUUCAGUUGUGGUGUGCAGAUCCAGGCAUAGCAGUAUGUAGUUGGAUUCUGCACCAUCUUGUGUGACCAGAGAAAUCCUUGGACAUUAGGUACAUUGAAGCACUGGAAAGACCAGGAGUAGGGGAUCUGCCAGGAGUAGAGGAGAUUAUGUCUUUUCAGGUAAAUCAUUCUAACAACACGAUUUGGAAAAUGACUUGACAAACAUCUCUUUACUCCUAUUUUUAUUUUUUUCAAAGUUAUUCUCCAUGGCUGCUGUAAUGAACUCCAACAAGUGACCCUCUCCUGGCUCUGCUAGAAGGUUGAGAGUGCAGAUAUGAAGGGCAUAUGAGAUAGGCUAGUAUCCAGCCACCAGUGGUGUACAUGGAAGAGAUAGAUCAUAAUUGACCCCAGGACAAGAAGGUGUUUGGUUUCCCCAAUAUUUCUAUGACCUUUGGGCCAAAGUUUAGCAAAGAAGAAGAGAUCAACCAGAACCCACAACAGCCAUAUGGUGUGCCUCUAUGGCAUGUAAGCCCCUGUUGAGUCACCAGUUUGGUACUUUUGGGACAGUGUUUAUCAGGGGUAAGUGUAUCUUCUAGUUCAGAGUUACUUUAGCCUUUGAAAGAGGUUGCUACAAAUAUGCACUAUGUACAGUAGUAGCUGACCAUCGUAUAAGCCAUUCCCAGGCAUUAAAUAAAAAAAAACUGAAGAACAAAAAGGACAUCUAACCAAGAAAGGUUGACCCAUUUCCAACCAUAGCGCUUUAAGGAGGUCCACAAACCUAUGGUUAACAUGGCAUAUAUACUGUAGCAGACACAUUGUUUAGACAUUAGGCUUUGCAUAUGUAUGUAGCAGUCUGUUCCUGUUCACUUUUUCAAUCCGAAAAACUGUAUGUUAAAUGAAGAUGGAUUUUUUCUUUCUUUUCUUGUAUAGUAACUGUAAUUUCUUUUGCUGAUGCAUCUUUGUCUGAAUUUUUAAAAAUCUUUGCUGUUUAAUGCAAUACUUUAUAAUGAAUGAAGAAAACAAAAAAAGAAUUAAUUACCGGGAGCAGUAUUGAAAGUUCUGAAGUCAGCCAGUUUUAUCUUUAAAAGACGAAAAAAAUGAAAAAUCUAGACCCUAAACCUGAUGCUGCAAGUAUGAAUUUGAUUCAUAUGUAUUAUAUAUUUCCAGUACCUGUAAGUGUCACAAUACUGCAACUGGUGAUCACAGAGAUAAUGUUCUACUUCUGAUAGAAAUGAUUUCUCAACAAAUGUUGUUACUAUGCAUGUAUAUGGAUGGAAUAAAA